UGGAAUUUGUUAAGAAUGAGUGCGGCAGUGGAGGAAAUUCCCUACGAAGAACUCAAAAUUGGAGAUCUCAUUGGUCAAGGAUUUUUUGGCAGUGUAUUUAAAGCCGACUGGGGAAAUCUUCAGAUCGCUGUGAAGAAAAUACGUCCAGGUUGUCAACACAACCAAAUUGAGAGGGAAGUUAGACAGCUCUCAAGGGUCAGCCAUGAAAAUAUAGUUCAGCUCCAUGGUAUAACCAGGCACGAGGAUACCUUUCAUUUGCUGAUGGAGUAUGUAGAUGGUGGAAAUCUGGACAGCUUUCUGACAGCGGAUAGCAAACCAAGUUAUACCUUAGCUCAUGCGUUCAACUGGGCCUUCCAGAUUGCUCAGGGGUUAGCUUAUCUACAUGCUAGGAAACCCAAUGCAGUCAUUCAUCGCGAUAUCAAGCCACUCAAUUCAUUAAUAUAUCUAAAGGGUCUCCGACUCAAGAUCUGCGAUUUCGGAACAGUCGUGGACCUAUCCAAAUCGAUGACGGUUGAUGUGGGAACCUGUAGAUACAAAGCACCCGAGGUUUUAAGAGGUCGUCACUAUAAUGAAAAGUGUGAUGUUCACAGUUGGGCCAUUACCUUUUGGGAAAUAUUAUCGCGCAAGACGCCUUUAGAAGAACAUAGAGGCACUUAUGCAUUGAAACUGGCUAUUAACGGAGGUGAUAGGCCCUCUUUUGAAGAUAUUAUGCCCGGUUGCCCUGGUGAUAUAAUUAGUAUAUUAAGCGCUUGUUGGAACGUGGACCCUCAAAAGAGGCAUUCCAUGGAACUGGUUACUUAUAUCAUGAGGAAAUUUGUGAGUGAAGCAGGUCCCAUUGAUCCAAUUGACUUUCAGUGGCCAACUUUAUAAUCAAUUUACCAUAUUUGUCAAUAAUAAACAUUUAUCUAUGUGAACGUUAAA